AAAAACAAGUUAACAUGCGUAGAUGGAGAAUGAAACUAUAUUAAAAAAGCUGCUGACAGAUGUACUGUCAGUCAUAGUCCAGGUAUUGAAACCUUGUGUAUAAGUGGUAUUUAUUGGUAUCUCUGAUAGGAUAAACGGAGACAACAAUAAGUGAAAUGACCAGACUGCUCCUAAUCUUAGUUGUUAUAUGCGUAGUGGUGCAAACUGUCAGCUCAAACGAAAGUGUAGGAAAGGGAAAACGCAAGAAAGCUAUAGGAAUAAGAUUUUGGUUUCCUGUAUUCGUUGCGUUUGAAGGAAAUGGUAAGUCUGUGUAUGACGCAUGGCGAAGUCAGUCAGAAUGCAACCCUCUUCCCACGUCUUUUGGAACAGUCGGUUCUCAUCGUCAUCUCAGAAAUAGUGUUGUGGAUGACUGGAAUAAUGCAAAUAUACGAAUGGUGAAGGUUGAAUUUUUCAAAAACAGCCAAGUUGUUGCAUGGAUGACUUUUAAUGGUAGGAAUACAGAUAAGAUGAACUGGUUUAGCAAAUCAAACCUUGCGCAGAGUAGUUUUAAUGAUUUAGGAUCACACAGUACAUUUAACUACUUUACGAUUGCUGGAGAUCAUCAACGAAAAUUCUAUGUAAAUCAAAACUACGGUGGAUGUGCUAGAGAUCAAGGGUGGAUGUACGUCCUUGAUCAAAAUAUAGGCUGUCCAUAUGAACACAUUGGCACCAUUCCGAAAUUCCUUUAUACAAAGAACUUCACAGACAGAAAUUGGACACGUAACAUGGCAGAGCCAGCAGAUACGAUGGUUAUUUCUGUCCUAGCAGAAUUAUCGAGAGUUGAUUAAUAUGAUCAGCGUUUUGCUUUGAAAGAGUAUGGCCAUUUAUCUGACAUCAUACAGUAUAUGGAACGUUAUGCUUUUCUUCUAUUAGAAUUCAGUAAUUCAACUAGUUUUCAUUAUAUAUAUAUUUUUAUAUACCGGUACAGAUCUGGAUCCUCUUAAGAUAAAUCUGAUUUUACCUGAAUUAUGAUAGUGUUAAAUAAGAUAACAGUAAUUCCAUUGUUUUAUUUUUGUAUAUACAUAUAUUUUUAUACCAGUUAAAGUACAGAUCUGGAUCCUUUUAAGAUAAAUCUGAUUUUACCUGAAUUAUGACAGUGUUAAAUAAUUUUCAAUUAAAAACUUUAUAUCCAC